CGGGCUGCUUCAACAAAUGGCCGCGAGACCAUCGUCCGUAUGUUACUCGAUGGUGGCGCGGAUGUUAACGCACUGAGCGAAUCUCACGGCACAGCGCUUCAGGCUGCUUCUGUCAGUCGCCACGAGAACGUCGUUCGUAUGUUACUCGAUCGUGGCGCGAAAAUUAACGCACGAAGUGGAUAUUACAACGACACAGCGCUUUAUGCUGCUUCUGAAAAUGGUCAUGAGGCCAUCCUCCGUUUAUUGCUUGAUCAU